UUCGUUUAGCUCUGUAGAAGACGGUGCUAACUCAGCAAUGGCAUCCUCCUUCAAAGCUGAAUUCACUCUUGAGCAGAGACUAUCGGAAUCGCGCGACAUGGUUGCCAAGUAUCCUGAUCGAGUUCCGGUGAUUGCUGAAAGAUAUUGCAAAACGGACCUUCCCCAAAUGGAGAAGAAAAAGUAUCUGGUUCCUCGAGACAUGUCAGUUGGGCAAUUCAUUCACAUCUUAAGCAGCAGACUUCGUCUGGCCCCUGGAAAAGCUCUCUUUGUGUUUGUCAACAAUACCCUACCUCAGACAUCCACCACCAUGGACUCUGUCUACGAAUCCUUCAAAGACGAUGAUGGGUUUCUAUACAUGUGCUACAGCAGCGAGAAAACCUUUGGCUUCGCUGGCGUUCGUUCUGAUUUGUGAGGAUUAGAACAACAGGGUUUCUUAUGCUGUAAAUUGGUUAGCGUGAAUAUGCAGUUUGUUUCCAAGCUUCGCUCUGAAGAAUCCUGUAUAUAUGUGUGUAAAUUCUCAUAUAGUGCAUUUGGUACGAACUUAUAUGCAAGCGACAGAUGGAUUACAGGUUGAUUCUCUGAUAAUUCAAUGUCAGUGUCAUGACUUGGCUAGAAAACUGAAUAUCGCCUGUUCGAUGUAUGGUUAUCUGGUGAUCUCGCAUUGCGGUCACCUUGACAUAGUUGUUGUAGUCAUGAAGGAUUUAAUACGAGUUUUUAGGGCCUUCACAUAGUUAUUAUAGUGAUGAUAAUAUUAUCAUUUAAUUGAUGCAUUGUGAAUAUGAUAACACCAAAAUAUUUUUUUGAAUGUGAUUGGUCGUUUUAUUAAUACGAAAAAACACGAAAUACAGUGUACAGAGUUAGGAAACACUGAAAGAAAGGGAAGGAAAAGGCUGAACAAGUGCAAAACCUAAAGGUAGUCUUACAGCCGCAAAGCCCAAAGCUUGGUCCAAAACAAAUGGACAACCCCAAGUCCACCCCUAGCAACCCUACCUCAACAUGCCCAAACACCAAGGAAAGCUGGCAACAAGAGGAUGAGGGCUACUGCCGGUCCCAAAGGAAGCCGGCGGCAACCCAGUGGAGAUUUGAAAUUUGAGGCUAGAGUGAAGGGAGAGCAAAAGGAAAGGAAGAGAGAGAAUAGUUGUUGAUAGCAAGUCACAAGUCACACAUAUGAUAACACCUAAAUUAGUGCUAUUUAGCUAUUUAGAUUUGGUUCAUGCUAAUUCAUCUACAUAAUUAGAAGAAUAUCAUCGAUUGCAUCCCUAUUUCGUGUCUAUUUGAUUAUGUCGUGAUUUUAAUUUUAGAGUGCCUUAGACGAUACAUGUGAAUUAGGUACGAAAAAGAGCACAAGUGUAGUGAAAUGGGCAGGAAAUUGAAAAUCACAACCUCGGCGUGGAAGAUCUCACCCGAGACAUCAGACCGCGAAGCAGGAGAGAAGAUCGCGGCCUGAGGAGCAUAGUCUGCUGCAGCAAAAAUGGAGCCCUUGGGCAUGAACUUUGUGAGAAAGCCACCCAAGAGAAGACAGAAACUUUCGACGGUCGGAUCACGGUAACCGACUUUCCUGACGGGGAGGAAGUUCGCGGCCGCGACUCGCGGAUCACGACCGUGAAAUCAGCCCGCGAACUCCCAGAAGAUGAAGACCAAAGCGACGACGCCUGAAGAUCGCGGACUCGAAGUGAAAGAUUCUAGCCACGAUCUCCCCCUACUCGGCUGUGAACUGUUCGUCCUCCUAAAUUCUAUAAAUAGAGGACCCCUUCUACCAUAUUAAGAGAGCGGAUUUUGAGAUAUAAAUUUCUGGUUUAGAGAGAGAGAAGUGAGAGAAGCUGAAGGAAGGAGAAGGAGGAGAAGCUAGAGGAGAGGAGCCAUCUUCUUCAACAUCAAGCCUUCCCCGAAUUCUUUUAUGUAUCUUCUUCCCUCCUUUAUGGAGUAGUCUCUUAAGAUACUAGGGGUUUUAAGUCCUAAAUCAUAGUUUUAGGGCUAUUAUGUAAUGAAUGAAUAUGUUAGGAUUUUGAAUGAAUGUGUUUGUCUAGUUGAUUUUAAUGUUUCUCUAGUUUUAAUUAUGCUUGGGUGAGUCGCCCUAAUCUUCUCUACUAGCCGCUUGAGCUUCUACGUUGGGUAUGGAGUUUUAGGGUUAGACGAGUAUGCGUCAUCUAGCAUAUUAGGGUUAGAUGAAUGAAUAGGGUCUUGUGAUGGACGAGGCAACCGAACCCCUGCCACAAGAACACCUUCCUAGAUAGAAUUCGGGAUGAAACAUCGGUGUGGACGGUGGAUAGUACCCAUUAAAAGAAUUUAAGUUUU